GGAAGCGGAAGGGAGGGGUGGAGGUGAGAAAUCUUGGAGCCCUCGGCGGGUUGAAGAUUGUCGGCUGCUUCGAGAUCGAGGGUUUUACUGAUGCUUAUUUAUGAUUGUCUUGCUGGAUCCGAGUUCUCUCACCUCUGAUCUCUGCUCGUAAUUCUUUCGUCGAUUCGAGCAAAACUGCGAAGCCCUAGAUUAAUUUCAGGUGGAUGGAGUUGGAGAUCUGCUGAGAGAUUGGUUUUUUAGUUAUGGGAGGGAUUUGGGGGAUGUGCAAUAGUGAUCAGCUUGUUUUGGUUGAGUUCAUUGGAUUUUGAGGGUUGAGAUUGAGCGGAGGGUGUUUAUCCUGUUUUUCCCUUCGUGUAGUGCGAGGCGGGGAGGGUGGACGGAAUCUGAGCUUAGGUAUUAUUAUUCUUCGAUUUUAUGGCGUCUCUUGCUACGCUUCCGGUAGAGGAUCAGACGGACGAGGAUUUCUUCGACAGACUGGUGGAGGAUGAUUUCGGUGUGACUGGGUUACGUGAAGGAUCUAGCGAAAUGGACCGGUCGUUAUUGGGGACGGGGAUAACAGAUGAAAGAAUAUCAUUGGAGGAUUCGGAUGAUACUAGGGUUUCAUCUGUUGAAGAGCAUGAGCUCGGGAAAAGGACCAGUCAACAGUCCAAAGCUCCGAAAGAGGGAACAGAGUUGAUGGAUUAUGUCGAAUCAUCGAAUCUAUUUCUAGGUGCUCCCGAAGCUGAGACCACCGUUUCCGAGCAGAAGGCUACACAUGUGAUAUCCUCUCCUUUAUCAAUUGAAGCUGGGACAGAAGGUCCCUCAGAGAUGAAGUCAGAUGUUAAAUCAUCGGAUGCAUCUGUGAAGCGAAGUAGCGGAUCGAAGUGUGCAGGGGUCAAGGAGGUGCAGUGGAGUGCAUUCUGCUCUGAUUCGCAGGAAUUUAGCUUUAGCGGGUUUGAACCCUUCUCAGAUUUCUUAGUAGAAAAUUCAGAAGCUUCCACCAAUCAUACAAACAUCAAUGGUGGCUUGAACUCUAAUUAUACUGACAUGGCAGUUCCUAGUUCUGGCAUGAAUCUGGUUUCAACCGAGCUACAAGAUUUCAAUAUUUAUGGCACCGACAAUGGACAUUCAACCGAAGCUAAUGAUCCUAAAUACUGGGAAAACCUUUACCCGGGUUGGAAGUUUGAUGCCAGCACCGGGCAGUGGUCCCAAGUAGAUAAUAAUGACGCAGUGACUGCCCAAUCUGAUAAUUACAACACAUCCAAUGUAAAUGUGCAAGAAAGUUUUAACGAAGAUCUCCUAGGAGAUGGUAGUGGGUUCAUCUCAGGCCAGACUGCAGAGGUCUCUUAUUCCCAACAAAGUUCAAGUUUAAUGAUUGGAGGAGUAGCUGAGGAUUGCAAAACAAGUGUCGUAUCCAGUUGGAAUCAUUAUUCUCAAGGUAGCAAUGGUUACCCUCCAAAUAUGAUAUUUGAUCCACAAUAUCCUGGUUGGUAUUUUGACACAAUUACUCAGCAAUGGUCUACACUUGAUUCAUAUACUCAAAGCAUUGAGCAGACAUCCCAUUCACUUCAAGGCCAGGGCGGAGAUAUGAACAAUUGUAGUAACGGCUUCAUUGGAGAAGGGAGUUCUAGUUUUUAUGGUGACGUUAGUCCACUGGAACAGAAUGCCAUGCAAGGUGAAAGCAACCAAAACAUGGCGCAGUCUUGGGAUGUUUUGACUAAAAAUUUUGCUCAACAUAGCAUUCAUCAGUCUGAUGUCAAUGAUAAAAGCAAAAUGAGUUUUUCAGCAAACCCACAGGCAGUGAAUUUUUAUGACCCUAAGUUGCAGGAAAUGAAUUACCCGUCUCAGAAAGCGGGUUUUAAUUCCUGGGAUACUGUUCAAACUACUGUUUACAGCAAUAGUACAGGCUCAACUGGAUUUCAGAAUUUUUCCCCAGCUGAACAGAUGCACCAGUUUAAUCCGCCCAAAGCUGAGCAAAGUCUGCAGUCACAUUUUUCUCAGAACUUUUAUGCUGAAGAAAAGUCAGUUAACUAUCAUGAACAGCAUUUUCAAAGUGCAUUGUAUUCUCAUACCUCUUAUACUGGCAAUGAAGGGAGAUCGUCUGCUGGUCGUCCUCCACAUGCCUUGGUUACUUUUGGAUUUGGUGGGAAGCUUGUAGUCAUGAAAGAUCCCAAUGCUAUUGGCAUGAAAGUGAGCUAUAAUAACAUGGAAACUUCAGAGGCUGCUGUCUCAAUUCUCAACUUAAUUGAAGUUGUGAAGGAGAAGGCUGAGACUGUAGGUGAUUACUUCUGUUCUUUAUCUCAACAUUCCUGUCCAGGGCCGCUUGUUGGUGGGAAUGCUUCUACAAAGGAUGUGUACAAAUGGAUAGAUGAGAGCAUAUUGCAUUGCGAGUCUUCUGUGGCGGACCCAAAGAAGGGGAAAAUGGUGAAAUUACUUCUUUCGUUGCUAAAAAUUUCUUGUCAGCAUUAUGGAAAACUUCGAUCUCCUUAUGGUUCUGGUGCUUCCCUUGAGGAAAAUGAUGGUCCAGAAUCAUCUGUAACUAAACUUUUUGCAUCUGCUCGAGCGGAUGCUCCUCGUCUUGCUCGUUUUAUGAAUAACAUUCCAUCUGAGGCAAACAUUCAGGCUACUUCUAUUGAGAUGCAAAACUUGCUUGUUUCUGGUAAAAGAAAGGAGGCCCUGCAGUGUGCACAAGUAGGUCAGUUAUGGGGUCCUGCUCUUGUGCUAGCAGCACAGCUUGGCGAGAAGUUUUAUGUUGAUACUGUGAAACAAAUGGCACAGCGCCUUCUGAUUUGUGGAUCACCUCUUAGAACAUUGUGCCUUCUUAUUGCGGGGCAGCCUGCAGAUGUGUUUUCUACUGAAAGCUCCACCAAUGGUAGCUCUUCUGGCACUGCGAGUGGAGAUGAACAGUCGUUUGAGAUUCAAUCCAACUGCAUGCUUGAUGACUGGGAGGAGAACUUGGCUAUCAUUACUGCUAAUAGAACAAAGGAUGAUGAGUUGGUCGUAAUUCAUCUUGGCGAUUGUUUAUGGAAAGAAAGAGGAGAGGUCACUUCCGCUCACACCUGUUACUUAGCUGCAGAAGCAAACUUUGAACCAUAUUCUGACAGCGCAAGACUCUGUCUAAUUGGUGCGGAUCACUGGAAGUAUCCUAGAACUUAUGCCUAUCCAGAUGCAAUUCAGAGAACAGAAUUAUAUGAAUAUGCAAAAGUUCUUGGAAAUUCCCAGUUUGUCCUUCUUCCAUUUCAGCCAUACAAGUAUAUAUAUGCUAAUAUGCUUGCGGAGAUUGGGAGAACAUCUGAUUCACUGAGAUACUGUCAAGCAUCUAUGAAAUUGCUAAGAAAUUCUAGUCGUACUCCUGAUGUAGAAAUGUGGAAGUCGUUAAUAUCUUCACUUGAGGAGAGAUUAUCUGCUCAUCAGCAGGGUGGAUAUGGAGAAAACUUGGCUCCUGCUAAAUUUGUUGGUAAAUUAUUUACUUCCAUUGAUAGAUCAUUACAUCGCAUGAUGGGUGUCCCAUCACUGCCACCAAUGCCACAGAACAAUGCGAAUGGUAAAGAAAAUCACCUGGUUUCCCCAAAGGUGGUAAACAGUCAGUCGACAAUGGCCAUGUCAACCUUGAUUCCUUCAGCAUCUGUAGAUGGCAUGAGCGAAUGGACAAGUGAUUCUGGCAGGAAAACUUUGCACAGCAGAAGCAUUUCAGAGCCAGAUUUUGGCAGAACCCCAAAACAGAACGCAUCAAAUAAUUCUAGUCCUGGGGAUGCUCAAAACAAAACAUCGCCAUCUCGUCUUGGCCGCAUUGGGUCACAACUCUUUCAAAAGACGGUGGGUUGGGUAUCAAGACCACGUUCAGAUCGACAGGCAAAAUUAGGCGAAAGUAACAAAUUUUACUACGAUGAGAAACUCAAAAGAUGGGUAGAAGAAGGCGCAGAACCUCCUCCUAACGAAGUCACCUUACCACCACCCCCAAAAAUUACUUCAUUUCAGAAUGGCACGACACAGUACAACAUCAACAAUGCCUUGAAGGGCCAAAGCCCCAAUAAUGCAAAUGCAGUUUCAGAAACAAAAUCUCUAAUUCCUCCGGAGAACUCUGGAUUUCCACCCAUGUCACCAAGCCCCAACCAAUUCUCGGCUCGCAGAAUGGGCGGUGUUCGAUCAAGGUAUGUUGAUACCUUCAACAAAGGCGGUGAUUUGCCGGCAAACUCGUUCCAUUCUCCUUCCGCUCCAGCUGCUAAACCUGUUGCUGGAGCUAAAUUUUUUGUCCCAACCGCACCCUCCAAUGAGCAGGUACUCGAUACCUCUGGAGGACGAAUCCUCGAAACUGGAACAAAUGGAGACCUGUGUGCAUCAUCAGGUACAGAACUUUCAUUUAAUUCGACACCACCACCACCACCACCACCACCACCACCACCACCAACAACAACAACAACAACCAUUGAAAAACUCCCUAGUAUGAACAUGGAGACGUCAGCAGCAUUACAGAAUGGCAAUGGCUUCCUUUCUCACUCUCCAGUAACAUCGUGGAAUGGUAAAUUCAAUGAAACUACGCCAUUUUUUCCUUCAAAUCCUGGAACAUUACAUUCAAGCACCUUAUUACAUCAAUUUAAUGGCGGCUCUCCGGUUGAUGAUCUUGAUGAGGUUGAGCUUUCAUAGUUAUAACAUCAGUUCCUCAUGUUUUUUGCAUGCUGUUGGGGGGGGAAUUGUUCCCCCUCUAUCAAAAAUUUAAAUGAGAAAUGAAGGGUUUUACAGGAGUUGACAAAAGUGUAAUGUGAAAUAUCAUAUGAUGUAAUUUUAAUGUGGGGGAUGUGAUAUAUCCCCCGUGUUGAGCUGGUUUGUUUCCCACAUGAAUGAUAUGUGGGAACCAUUGUACAGAUAAUUUGUUUAUUUAUUAUGCAGUAAGAAAUCUCCAUUUGUUUGAAGAGGUGCUCCAACACAGAGCUCAGUGAAAGCCUCCAGAGGACAACUGUAAGUUCCCCUUCAUUUAAAAUCAAUAAACUUU